AUGGAGUCUCAAGUUCUCUCGUGGACCUCCCAGGACCCCCGCGAAUCGAGUCUCUUUACUACUCACUGGGGCGUGCUCUACCGUUUCACCACAGAAAACACACUCGGCCGUAUGGUCACUACCCUGCAUAGAGCCAUUCGCCAAGGCAGGGAAGACCGUGUGGCCAAACUGGAAUGCAUAUACCCUACUUUGGGCAUCAGGGCAUCCAACGGUGGACUUGGUCGCGCUGUGAUUGGUCGCCAGAUCGUGCCUAUGGCUGAUCUCGUUCGCCCCGAUAGUACCUUUGGAAGUCGCACUUUUAACGGCCCCGAUGGCUACCCAUACCAAUGGUCCCCAAGCCACGAUAGCCAGGAUCUUCUGUUAAAAGAUUCGCGCGGGAAUGUAAUCGCGUUCUAUCGACCGACUCCGGUCAAACGAUUCAACGUUGGUGAAGUAUACGGUGAAAUGCACUUUCUCACGGGUGCUGGCGCUGGGACCGUCCUCCAUCCACCACUUAUGGAUAUGGUAUGCGUGACGGCACUUUUAUACCGCCUCGUAUCCAUGUACAAUCUCUAA